UUAGUCUUGGCGGGACCUCUUUAACGUCUACCCGGCAAAAUGGCGAGAGGACUAGGCAAACCGAGGGGGUUCAAGGUUGAGUUGACCCACUGCGGGGGUAACUAAGGUACCUUACCCUGCAACCUAUGGUGACGUCACACUUCAUUCUGGGCAACAGCUCGUCCAGCAGUGAACUCAAGCUGCAUCCCGCCGAGAUUAAGUGUCUAACUGGGCGCCAAAUUGUGUCUUGAAACAAAAGAGUGAACAAUAGACAAUCUGGACCUCCACCCAAAAACUUUCCAAUUGACCAUCUUCGCCGGCUUCCUGUCAACCGCAAUGGCUUCUAUGCGGACAUCCGCACAAACCCUCCUCUUCCGGGCGCGAACACUGCGUCCCAGCGCCCCGGCGUCCUUAUCCAGUUCAUUGUAUCGCUCGAGGAGAUAUCAUGCAACCGGAGGUCUGGCUGCAUCCGACAAUUCGAGCAACACUAAGGACCGUGAGUCCCUCAAUCCUCGCCGCUCCGAGGGCACCAAGAGCGGCUACGACGACCAGUUGGCCGAAAAGACGGACGCAGCCUUCAACCCGAAGAAGACAGACCCGGCCGCCGCCAUGGAGUCAGCGGCGCAAGCAAGCAAUGGCAACCCGCUCGAUGCGAGCGGAGCGAACCAAGAAUUCUCGAAGUCAUCAAACCCGUCAGAGAAGUCGACAGACGACUCGGAUAAGAAGACGAGGAGCAAGGGGAGCAUUGGGAAGAAGCAUGGCAAGGUGGCGCCCAUGUGAGGGCAGCUAGUAACAAAACUGGGAUGUGGAAAAGGACGGUGCAGGAGUAGAGACCAACACUCCCAGUCUAGUUGCUGGGGGUCACAUACGAAGAUUGGUGAUCCAUGGUGGCCUGUUCGAGGGAAGAGGGGGGUCGCAUCUUCAAAUUCUGACGGCUUUUUUCAACCAUGAUUAUGC